UUGGCCAACAUUGAAGUAUUCUUUCUGAAAUCAAAUAAAAGUGACAUUCUAUACUGAAUGUACAUACUGUUCUGAAGAUAAUCUGUCAACCACAUGAGAAAGUCUGUUCUGGAUUCCUUUGACAUAUUAUUUAAAAUAUGCUCGAAAGUUUUCUUAGCUUGAUUGAAGUUCAUUUUCACAGCUUUAUGGUUUCAGAAGGGUUGUCGUAGUAAUUUCUACCGGCGAACGCAAUAUAUUUCACGUGUAGAAGACUUAGCUCUAUAAAAGACAAGAGAAAUACAUGUCGACAGUUCUUUGAGUAAAACCAACAGAAAAUAAUGUAUUGAUUUGAGGACGAAGGGGGAAUUGUAACAUUAUUAUUGUCUUAUCCGUUGAACUAAAGACUUAAUUAUUUGGCCUACUAGACUGGGGAAAAUGAAUUCGAUAAAACGAAGCCAACUGGAAGAUAUUUUACUUCAAGAUUGUCAGUUAAGAGACAAUAAUCUUGUUCUUAUCUCAGAAUCAGACUGGCAUGUGGAUGGCACUUUUGUUAUCCAUUCACUUUUAAGUUUAUAUCAAAAGGAGAAUUAUAACAUUUGUUUUCUCGCAAUAAGUCAGUCAGUUGGUCAUUAUUUGUCAGUGUCCAAAAAGAUUGCAACGGAUCUCAAACCUUCUAUUGAUUCAAAUAAACUGAUAAUGGUGGAUGGAUUAAAACUUCUAGGUUUAAGUGUUGUUAAAGAUUGUGUGGAUAUAAAUAUCCAAAGUAUUCAAGAUAUUGAAACGAACUUUGAAGAUGUCUUUAGGAAAAAUUCUUUGCAGAAGUUAUUGGAUUUAUUGAACUCUAAUGUUGAUAAACUUUACAGUCAGUCAAAUGGAAGCCCAACUGUUUUAAUGAUAGAUAAUAUAUCUUUCCUCUUAACUUUAGGAAUUUCUUACAAAGACAUUGUUAUAUUUUGUCAUUCACUCUCACGACAUCUAAAGGAAACCAGCCGUGGUACAUUAGUCAUGUUAUCAAGUGUAUAUGGAGAAGAUGACAAGUCUGAGGCCUUGACCAAUUAUUUCAAACAUAUCUCAUCAACAUGCCUUGAGAUUAAUAGUUUAUCUAGUGGUUAUUGUAAAGAUGUACAUGGCGAGUUGAAAAUAACAAGGAAGAGAAAACUUGAAAGACAAAAGAAAAUAGAGAAAACUUUACAGUUUAAAAUUAGUGAUAAGAGUAUUAAGUUGUGGGCAUUAGGACUUUCGUCUGCUGUGUUAUGAGAACUGAAUUUACUCUUGUGGAAGAAUUAUAAUAAAUAAUUAUGAAAAUUGAAAUGUAGGGUUACUUCAGUAUGCAAUAAAAUGAAAGUACAAAGUAAGGUACAAAAUUUAUCAGAUUAAUCAAGAUAAGUAUUUAAACAUACAUUAUGCAAGAGCUAAAUCUGUCUAUUGCAGGUCUUUCUUUAGGCCUGAAAUGUUAUCUAAAUUAUUAAUUAGACAUUAAUUAACCUAUCCAGGCCAUAAUCAACUCUAGAUGGCAGCGCGAUCUUUAGUGGAUUGUAACCCGAUUUACUGCAUAACUUUCUUUCUCAAUUAAACGAUUAAAUGGAUAGUCGAGACUAUGAUGUUUAUCGUACUGACUUUAGUAAUGAUGACCAAGGCUUGUGGGAAUUUCAAUCGCUUAGUUCUUGGUUCAUCGUGGAUCAAUUUGAAUGAAAUUUUCACCAAAUUGCCUUUACAUUAUCUAGUUUUUAACUAUUAUAGUGAGAACUGCCAACUCGUUACUGAAUCUCCCAAAAUGUAUCUUUAAGUAUUGAAUAGAUCUUCUUCUUAGUGUUUAACGUCUGCUUCCACUGAAGAUGAUAUCGCAGAUCUCCAAGCCACAUACACUCACACCAGGGAUCGAAACCACAACUGCAAGCAAAAGGUGACCGGUCUGACAAGGACAACUGUCUAGUCGUUCAGAUGGGACAGUAAAACCAACGUCCUGUGUACACAUUGGUGCACGUGUAAAAGAUCCCUUGGCAGUUGGAAUUUGAUAUAAGAGUAGGCCAUAGCGCCGCUGUCUGGGCAAAAUUUUCAUCAUAGCAAAGUGUAUGGCUUAUGCCCGUCUGCAUUAGCUCAGUCAGAGUAGGACGUUAAACCCCAUUUCAUUUCAUUUUAUUUCAUUAUACAUCCAAUUAACAAUAUUUAGUACAUAACAUAUAAUCCAACUGUGGUGUGUGUUGGGGGAUUUUUUUUUUAUGUAAGUUAGAAAGUAUUUAAUGAAAACAUAAGUUACCAGGCCAAAUUUUCCCCAUAGCACACUGUAUGGCAUAUGCCAGUCUCUAUUAGCCCUUCAUUUCCCCAAAAUAUGGAUCAUCAUCUUUCGAAGAAAUACUCCAGCUAAUUAGUUACCAAAACAGAAUCCAUGCAAUCACACUUGAUGAAACAUUAGACAAAUGCUCUAAAUCAAAAUAAAUCUAAUACCAUCUUAUCUUUCUCUACUAGUAUAACAUUAAAAUAAUAAAAAACACAUAAUGAUAAUGGUUUUAUAUAAUGGUUUAUUAUAAGUUAUGAAUCAUUUCAUACAUAUUUAUAUAUACAUGGUUAUUAUUAUCUAUAAUAUAUAAUAUACAUGUACUACAUUUUGAAUAUUCUAAAAUUCAAUAAAAUUGUUCUGGUUCUUCAUGAUGUGAAUAUAAUCUUGGCUCAAAAUUUGUAAUUGUUUCUUUUUUGGGGGGAGUAGAAAUUUGCUGUUAUCAGAACAGACAUUCUGGUGAAUUUAAGCAAAUGACUAGCAUAUUAUUAUUGCAUGUUCAAUAUAUAAAUACAGCCAUACAAAUUAUGGAGCUGAGAAUGGCAAUUUUCUAUUGCUUGCUUAUAUCAGUGAAAUUUCCGCCACAAAAUUAAUUGAUUUUGAAAUACAUAGAGAAUGACCAUACAUUUAGCACCAAAAAUUUCGUAAAUUACUGCUGAAACAUUCAUUAUAAUAUUAUUAUGGGAUAAAUCGAUCGAAAUGUUCAUUUACAUUACGGCAAACUUGUUAUUAAACAACGUCGUUGUUAAGCAAAGAUAAAUUAUGAAGACAGACACAUGCACAUUUGACAUUUUUGUUUUACAUUUUGACAUUCCUUUGUUAUAUGGACUGAUAAGCUAGACAAUUGUUUAAAAAUUCGACAUUAAUCUUUAAACUUAAUAGUCCAUAAUUUAAAACAAUUCAACUGGUUAAAAUACUGGUCAAUCCUUGGCAAAUAAAAUCCGUGUAAUACCCAAUCACAAUCCCAGACUCUUUAAUGCAGACA